ACACAAGAAAUCGAACAAGCGGUGUAAUCAAUUGAUCUGAUUUGCUAACCAGCCAUACAGCUAAUCAACGACGAGGCGAACACUGUUUAUUAUCCCCAAAUACACCUGAUUGAACUUCAUUAUCCAUAUACGGCAGCAAAAACGAAGGACUUGACUUUGGUUUUCUUAGCGAGAGGACGCGAGAUGCCGCAUCCCGUGAGACUCGUGUUUCUCGCUACCUGUUUUUAUCUGUUGCUAUGUCGCGUCCGCUCGUGCCCGCCAUCAAGGCCUCCGCCGUGUAGCUGGACUACUUGCCGCCACGAAUGGAGGAACGACUGGAACCCAACCCAUGUCCCCCAAGGCCACUGUAUCAAUCAGUAUCGAUAUGCCGCACACAUCCACACACGGCACCAUGGAAGCGGGAGCUGCCCUGGCCCACAAGGGUGUUCAAACGCUAGACAAGGUCGACAGAUGUGUCAGUGCCGAAAUGCACACUAUUGCCCGCUGCACCAAUGGGGGUAUUGGUCCGGGGUGGUCAACCAAGGCACGUGUGGACGGCAGUCGAGAUUCAGAGAUUACAACGAACACAUCAGAUACCUAACACAAAGCUCAUGCAGUGGAAUCAAAAGCUCAUGUGGGAGCCGCCAAUACGACUACCGGGCAUGGUGCUCGUGUCGCUACGCGCAAUGCACCCUGGGUGGCUGGAGCUCGUGGACCGAUAUGUCGUCGCCUGUCAGUCACGAUCACUGCGCCUCUCAACAGCGUCGCCGCACAUACACACUCACCUGGAAAUACAUUGAAAGACGAGAUGACUGCAACGGCGUGAUGCCGCAAUCUUGCCCUGUGGACCUACAAGAGACGCGAGAAAAAGUGAUCACAUGUCCGCGCCUGCCUGCCGUCGCUCACGGGGGCUGGGACCGAGACGACUGCAGCAACAGCAAUCAGAUCUGCAAGUCGGCCUGCAGCCUCACUUGCGACACAAGGAAUGGUUACCAAGUCGAGGGCCCUCUAGCUCGAACAUGCAAGGCAACUGGUCAGUGGACUACCCCAUGGGACUCCUACUGUAAAGAUGUCCAGCCUCCAUCCAUCAGGUGUCCCAAUAGCAUAAUAACGAAUACCGACCCGGGCAAGUCUACCGCGCGCAUCACCAUUCCCAUGCCAGUGGCGACAGAUAACAGCGGAGAGGCUCCCAAAAUCACACACGAUGCUGGCCAAGCGUCCCAAGACUUCACGGUCAGUGCAACACCACACACGGUCAAGUUCACCGCUACCGACAAAGCGGGGCUAUCUUCCUCGUGUGUGCUUCACAUCACAGUAAAAGAUGAGGAAAGGCCAAAGGUCACGUUUUGUCCAAAAGACAUCAAGAUCGAGACGAACCAGAAUAGUAAGCGAGUCACGUGGACUUACCCAACAUUUGUUGACAACAACGACAAGUCCCCGGACCACCCCUUGAGGAUCACUAGCAACCGAAACCCAGGCAGCAGCUUUCCGUGGGGGAGGUACAGGGUCAUAUAUAACGCCUUCGAUCGGGCCAAUAACAAUGCUACGUGCGAGUUCUACGUGGAAGUGGGGCCUGUCAAGUGUCCGAUAUUUGAGCCGCCGCAGUUCGGGAUACGCGCGUGUAACAAGAAGACCCAGGACGCUAAUGGCGUCACGUUCGAGAUGUUUUGUAGUGUGCAGUGCAAGUCGGGAUACGCCUUCGCAGAAUUGGCUCCACAAGUGUUUAUGUGCCGAUCGGAUGGCGUAUGGCAUCACAUGAUGUACGGAUUCCCGGCACCUAUUUCGGACCAAAUGAAGAAACCUUGGGCUGAUUGUGCACCUAAGACCGAAGCAAACUCGGCUGCCAAGGAGUUCACCUUCUACACGGGGGCAUGCGCAGGCAACGAUGACGCGGCACUCAAUCAGAUACGACACAACUUCCUCGAAGCAAUCAAAAACAGUCACUUGGCGAACUAUGCCCUUUGCGAAGUUAGUCAAGGAUUGGAUUGCGUGGUUGAAAAUGUCAAAGUUUACUGCGGAGAACGGUCCAAGCGCAGCAAUGAUCCACCUCAAAGAAUCAUCUCGUUUGACUUUGUCAUCAACGACCUGAAACCAGACAGCGAUCGAGCAAAGGAAGUCAUCAAAUUACAAAAAAUGAUGAAGGAGCUAGAUGUUCUCGAAGGCUACCUCAAAACGCAGUUUCCUGUCAGUGCUAAUAUGCCGAACCUCCGCAUCCAAGCGUUGGGGAGCUCAGUAUUUUGCCCACAGAAAACAGCGUUAGUAAUACCUAAAGGUGCUGGCUCCGAUCUACAGAGGGCAAUCUGUGUCGAGUGUCCCGUGGGGACGUUUUACAAUGAAAAGAGCAGGAACUGCAGCAUUUGUCCCCUCGGAACUUAUCAGGAUGAAAUGGGACAGACAGUCUGUAAGAGUUGUCCCUCGGGCACGCUAACAGUCGUGUCUGGAGCAAUCAAUGAGACGUUGUGUUACGACACUUGCGAGGCCGGCGAAUACCGCCACAUCGGUGAGGGAGGUGCGGCUACAUGCCUUGCUUGUCCAAUAGGAACGUACCAGCCCCAGGCUUUCUCGAAGUCUUGUUUGAAAUGCCCGGAUGGUAAGAGCACAACACGUGUUGGGGCCAUGUCGGUCAAUGAGUGCAAGUGAAUUACACCAACAGAUACCGAGCAUGUAUGCACAGAAUAAAUAAACUUUGAUCACGCA